GAGGCCAGAGUGGACCAUGGUGGUGACAGCACCCGCGCCGGCAGCCGCUGCUGCUGCAGUGGAGGCGGCGGCGGCAGCACCGGCGGCCGAGGAAGAGCUGGGGGCCCACGCCGCUCGGGCCCGCUGCCCCCCGGGCGCGCUGUGAGCCCCCCACUCUCACUGCCUGCCCCUCACCAGCCUUCCCAUCCCCUCCACGCCUCCUGCCUCCCUAGUCUCCCUCAGCUCGCCGCCGGGCUCCCCCGCAGCGGCAGCGGAGGCUGCAGUAGCCAACUCUUCCAGUGGGGCGGCGGGAAGGCCAAGCAAGAGAGGCCCAGGGGGACGAUGCGCCUGCCGGGCGGCUGAUCCCGGUGUUCCCUCUCUCUUCCCGCCGUCCUCCUCGUAGUUCUCGUCCUCUCUUUCCCUUCACCCCCACCAUGGCCUUCCCGGGUGCCGAGGGAGCGGCCGAUGGGCCUGCCGGCUCUGGCAGGGAGGCGCCCGCGGCGGGCGCGGGCGGCUCGUCCUCGUCUUCCUCCGCCUCCUCCUGCUGCUCGUCCUCGUCCUGGGUGGCCGGGGGCGGCCGGCUGUGGGCCGCCCUCUACGACUACGAGGCGAGCGGCGAGGACGAGCUGAGCCUGCGACGGGGCCAGCUGGUGGAGGUGCUCUCGCAGGACGCCGCUGUGUCGGGUGACGAGGGCUGGUGGACGGGCCAGGUGCAGCGGCGCCUCGGCAUCUUCCCCGCCAACUACGUGGCUCCCUGCUACCCGCCGCGGCCGCCCGAGCCAGCCCGCCCGCGGCCCCGCCAGCCCCCGCCGCCGCCGCCGCCGCCCUCCCCUCCCGACGCCCCGCGGCCCGGCUCCCCGAUGCAGAUCGAGUUCGAGUGGCUGGAGCUGAAGGAGCUGAUCGGAGCCGGCGGCUUCGGGCAGGUGUACCGGGCCACCUGGGGCGGCCAAGAGGUGGCGGUGAAGGCGGCGCGGCGGGACCCCGAGCAGGACCCCGCGGCGGCUGCCGAGAGCGUGCUUCGGGAGGCCAAGCUCUUCUCCAUGCUGCGGCACCCCAACAUCAUCCAGCUGCUCGGCGUCUGCCUGCAGCAGCCCAACCUCUGCCUCGUCCUCGAGUUCGCCCGCGGAGGGGCCCUCAACCGGGCCUUGGCCGCCGCUGCAGCCGCCGCCGCGACCAACGCUGCCGUCCCCUCCUCCUCCUCCCAGCCGCCGGCGACCGCCGCGGGGACCCCCGAGCCUGCGGGCGCCGCGCCCGGGCCGCGACCCGCCCGGCGCAUCCCUCCGCACAUCCUGGUCAAUUGGGCAGUGCAGAUCGCUCGCGGGAUGCUCUACCUGCACGAGGAGGCCAUCGUGCCCAUCCUGCACCGGGACCUUAAGUCCAGCAACAUUUUACUACUUGAGAAGAUAGAGCAUGAUGAUAUCUGCAAUAAAACAUUGAAGAUUACAGAUUUUGGUCUGGCUAGGGAAUGGCAUAGAACAACUAAAAUGAGUGCAGCUGGUACAUAUGCAUGGAUGGCACCCGAAGUUAUCAAGUCAUCCUUGUUUUCUAAAGGAAGUGAUAUCUGGAGUUACGGAGUGUUGCUGUGGGAACUACUUACAGGAGAAGUUCCCUAUCGUGGCAUUGAUGGCCUUGCUGUGGCUUAUGGAGUAGCUGUCAAUAAGCUCACUUUACCCAUUCCAUCCACCUGUCCUGAGCCAUUUGCUAAGCUAAUGAAAGAAUGCUGGGAGCAAGAUCCUCACAUUCGGCCAUCAUUUGCUUUAAUUCUUGAACAACUGACUGCCAUUGAAGGGGCAGUUAUGACUGAAAUGCCUCAAGAAUCCUUCCAUUCUAUGCAAGAUGACUGGAAACUAGAAAUUCAGCAAAUGUUUGAUGAAUUGAGAACUAAGGAAAAGGAACUGCGGUCCCGUGAAGAGGAGCUAACUAGAGCAGCUCUUCAGCAGAAGUCUCAGGAAGAAUUGUUAAAGAGGCGCGAGCAACAACUAGCAGAACGAGAGAUUGAUGUUUUAGAGCGAGAACUCAAUAUUUUGAUAUUCCAAUUAAAUCAAGAGAAGCCUAAUGUAAAAAAGAGGAAAGGAAAAUUUAAGAGAAGCCGUUUAAAACUGAAAGAUGGACACCGGAUUAGUUUACCCUCAGAUUUCCAACACAAAAUAACAGUGCAGGCCUCCCCAAAUCUGGACAAACGAAGAAGUUUAAACAGUAAUAGUUCCAGUCCACCUAGUAGUCCAACAAUAAUUCCUCGACUUCGAGCUAUACAACUGAUUUCAAAAUCAGAUGUAAGUACUUCUCAUGACCGGAGAAACAGUAUAUAUGUGUACCAGCAAGAUGUAGAUAUCACAAGUGAAUAUGUACUUCCCUAUGAGGGAAUGAAAAAAGUCACCUCAGAUGAAAGCAACAGAACAUGGGGCAAAAGCACCACUUGUCGCCAAGAAGAAUUUGAAGAUGUGAAGAGAAACUUCAAGAAGAAAGGCUGUACCUGGGGACCGAGUUCAAUUCAAACAAAAGAGCGUACGGACUGCAAAGAGAGAGUAAGACCCCUUUCAGAUGGCAGUAAUCCUUGGUCAACUAUCUUAAUGAAAAAUCAGAAAACUGUGCCUUUAGCGUCAUUAUUUAUGGACCAACAAGGUAUCUCUCCAGAGCAGAAACUGUUCCCUGAUGGACUGGACAACAAAAGACCAAAGCAAAUGAAAUUGAUGAAUCAGGCCUAUGUUGAUCUACCUCUUUGGAAAGAUGAUCAGGGAGAUAACAUUGUAGAACCUGAAAGCUUUGAAGAGGGAACCUCUGCAAGUUCUGCAGCCAGCACUCCCCAAAUGACUCCCACAAAUAGUCUUAGCAGAACACCCCCCAAAAAGAAAACUGAAUCUGCAUUAUAUGGAUGUGCUGCAUUAUUGGCUUCCGUAGCUUUGGGAUUAGAUAUUAGGGAACUAAAUAAGGCACAGCCUCCUGAUGAAUUGUUGCCCAAAGAGGAUAAGAAGAAACGUGAGGGAAUAUUUCAGCGUGCUUCUAAAUUACGAAGAAGUUCCAGCCCUCCUGCCAGAUUGCAGUCUAAAAGAGAAGAUGUUAACCUUUCAUCAUUAAGCCCAUCAUCAAACACUGUGAACCUCCUGUCCAUGCCUUCCAUCUCCACAAAAUGUUUGCUACACCCAGAUAGUGAAGACACAUUUGUGGGUACUUGUGAUACAGACAUUCCCAUUAUAGGAGUUUCCCCUGUAAUUCAGGGAAGUAACUGUGAGCCUGCUGCAGUUUCAGGACUUGUGACUGAUCAUAGCUUGUCGAAGAAUGUGCCUUCCUCUCCUUUCACAAAGCAAGUGUCUGGAAAUGUGCCAAAUAAUGCUUCAUCAAAAAUGAGGGUAUCAUGUCAUAGACGCACUGUGUCUGACGGAAAUGCUUUUCAGACAACAGUUACUUGCUCAACCAACGGAGUCUCCGAACUGCCACUUCUUCAAGUUUCUGGGAUGCUGCACUUCCCAUCUGUUCAUCAGAGAAAUCUGCCAAGUGAGGUCCCACUCGAAAAACAAAGUGCUGUCAGUAUCAUACCCAGACCUCGCCCUUCUUCUCUGAGAAGUGGAGUAAAUCCUCAGCAGGUUCUUCCAGAAAGUGCAAAACCUAGUACUGCACAGACAGGUAGCCCAGGACCAAAUGCUGACUGUCUACUUAGUACCAAGGAAAGAACUAAAUUCCACGUACCCUCACUACUGGACCUCGAUGUGGAAGGUCAGAACAGGGACUACACUGUGCCUCUAUGCAGAAUGAAGAGCAAAACUAGCCGGCCAUCUAUAUAUGAACUGGAGAAAGAAUUUCUAUCUUAAUUUUAAGUGCCUUAUGCUUUUAAAAGCGUUUCUGUUUUUAAUGAGAACAACUUAAAAUCAUGUGUCUACCUUCUAAUGUUUCAUGCUGCUGUGUUUUCAAAAGCUGUGGCCGUGUUACCAAAACAGUAGUAGAUAUCUUUAACUUUUGGAAAAAUAUAACAUUGUUGUUAGCUUGCCUGUAUUGUCUUUUCACUGGAACCACACCUAGUAACUUGAAGUGCACAGAAGUGUAAACCUAGAAAUGCACAAUAAUGUAAAGCUAUCUGCUGGAUAAUAGAGUCUUGAUCAGUCUUAACUUUUAGGAUUGUUUUUCUCUUUCUCCCUCUCCCCCAGUCACAAAAAGAAAGACUUCCUAAAAAUGAUGAUGCUUUGAACCACUUUUCCCCUUUCUUCAAAAAGGAAGGGGAAAAAAAAUGCUAUAAAUUUGUUAAUUGUGAAUGAUGUGAUGCAAAAAACCAUUAGGAUAGGGCUAGGAAUUGGAAGCUCCCAGAUGAGGAAGCUCCCUCUAAGCUGUCUCCUUUUCAGCAACUUCCAGUCUUAGUGCCUAGAGCACUGAGAUGUUUGGUGAUUUACCUAGAGUCACACAGCCAGGAUGUGGGAUUUGAACCCAGGUGUUCUAGGCUCUGAAGUUGACUAUCUACAGCUCCACACUGCUUUGCUAAUGUUGUAUAAUUUUGAAGAUAGGUGACCGAAAUCAAUGUAGGAUUCUAUUAAACUACCUAACCUUGACAUUAGGAUUACCAGACAGCUUAUGUAGUGACUUCACCCUAUUUGAGUAAAUUUCACUGAAUAUGCCUUAUAAAUACUGACUUCAUAGAAUUUAUGAGGAACCUAAUAUAGCUGAAUGAUGUUUGAAUGACUAUCUUGUACCCACUGAAGAAAGUUUUUUCAGUUGGCUCUUCUCUUGGUAAGAGAGAAUUCUAAAAUUAAAGUAACCGUCUUAUUUUGUACCUGAAAAUGCACAACUCUUAUUCCCUAGAAAUAUUUUGGGUAAUAAGUAAACUGAAUUUAAAUGAAGCUUUGUUAUUUCAAAGAUAAUGUAAUUUUAGUGAUGGCAAAAUUACCUAGCACCUUAAACCAAAUAGAAUUUAUUAUUUAAAUAAACACAUUUCAAGAUCAGAGAUCAGCUGUUGGGAAUUAAAUAUUUUACAAAAUUAUUUGACAUUUCAGGUAAUCUUGAACAGUUGUUAAAAGGCAAAGGCAAAUAGAAAUUACUCAGGAAUGGGAAUAUAGAAUAUAUCCCUGAGUACACUAAGAAUGUCAUAGACUACUGAGUUGUUAAAAAUUGUAUUUCUAUUUGGAUGAUGGUGCUUUCAUUAAAUUUUGUGGGUUUCUUUCUAGAAAAUCUAUUUUGUGAACUCUCACCUUGUUUAAUAUUAUCAGUUUGGAAGCACACUUAUUUUUUUUUUAAUUGCCAUAAAUUUUUAAAGUAAUAUUGCUUAAUUUUUCCUUUAAAUUUCUAUUCAAGUUAAAUAGGCACAUUUUACUAAACUGAAAUUUUAGUGUUUGAAAAUUAAAAUUUCACGUUUGAAGUGCAUAGUAAACAAUUUUUCAAAAAAAAAUAAUAGUACUUAAAUUAUAAAGCUGUAUCUUUUUGAGUACAUUUUGUAAUUGUUUUUGUUACUAUGACCAGAACAUAAAAGGAUUAAUGGUAUAUGUAUGUCUUAUCCUGAGGGAAACAAUCUCUAGGUUGCAGUAAAAUCUCAGGUACUUAAUUCAUUAUUAUUCUAUUAAAUCAAGUGGUUCACUGUAAUACUUAAGUUUCAAUUUUUGAUAAUUUGUUGAAUUAUUAGUGCUAGAUUUUGGUCUUUAUGAAUACAUUACACCAACAUUGUUGGCCACUAAGUUUUCAGCCAUUAGUGUAUGUAACCUACAGACAAAAUUGCAGGAGAUGCCUAAAAUAAUGAAUUUGUGCAAAAAAAAACAGAAACAAAAACAAAAAACCCUGAACUUACUUACCUGUAAUUUUAUUUCUACAGAAACAACAUUUUGCAUUGUACUCCUUUAUUGCUUCCUUUCCUAACCGUACAUCUUUUAGAUCCCUUAGUAGCUUCUCUAGGCCAGUUUGCAUUCUGAUGAACUGAGAUAUGAAAGUAUAUUAUAAAUAAAGACAAUUAUCUAUCAAAGUAUGAAUUCAAUCUUACAUGCCACUGCAGAUAUUGGGGUGGGGGAGAUGAUCAAGAUUUGUUGUAAAUUUGUGAUUUCUUUUAAUGUGUUGCUGUCUGUAGCAUAAUAUGGUCGUAUUUAUUUUCAUGUAGAUUGAAUAGUAUUUCUAGGAUAAAAGAUAAAUUAAGGUGAUCACUGUUAGUAAACAAUUUAAGGUGCUUAUACUGCAGAAAUUUAAGGUAUCUACUUGAUAUGCUGUUUUACAAAGCCUUAUGACUGAAAGAUGUUUACAUAUGUUGUAUUUUUUUAAAAAAUAAACUUUUUUAAAUAGCCA